UGUUUGUUGCUAGGCUAGCUUCUGUCGUAGUUACUGUUGAAAAUACGAUGAGGUAAAUUCCAACUUUCAUACGACGCAUUUGAGAUCUGCAGAAGGACGAAAUAUGGCGUAUGACUGCAUAGAGCGCCGGCUGCGCCGACUGUUUGAACUUUACGGCGGGUUGGUGGCCCGUUAUCCGUUACCUUUCUUGAUUAUCCCGAUUCUGGUUGCGGGGUGUUUGGGGUCAGGUAUGUACUUACUACCUACCCAACGAGAGUACGACACAGAGUAUCUGUUCACACCGACGAACGGAGAAGCCAAAACGGAGCGGUCAGUCAUACAGGACCAUUUCCCCACAAACGUCUCCGACAACUUUCGGCAGAACAAACUUGACGUUUUCGGGCGAUUCGGCCGAGUUAUCGUGACUGCGAAAGAUAGAAGCAAUAUUCUCCAGCAACGAAUGAUGGAAGAGGUCCUGCGACUGCACGAAAUCGUGCUCAACAAUGUUUCUGUCGAUCACGACGGACAGACCUACCGUUACGAAGACCUGUGUGUUGCUUGGCAAGGGAAAUGUGACAGCAACGAAAUCCUUGAACUCAUUGACUACAACGCCGCGCAAAUUACAAACACCACCAUUAUCUACCCGACUACCCGACUAGCCCCAGUUAUCAUUCCAGUAGGAGCGCCUCUUUUUCUUGGCACACAUCUCGGCGGAGUCACCAUUCUUAACGGCACAGAGGACACAGUCGAGUCUGCCGAAGCCCUCCAACUUCACUACUAUGUCCGCUGGGACGACAGCGAACAAGAAAACGAUGCUAUCAGCGCUAAGUGGGAGGAAGCCUUCCUCGCAGAAGUGCCUAGUUUCACAUCAGCGGACAUAGACGUAGCCAUGUUCACGUCACAAAGUCGAGAGAACGAACUGAACUCAGUAUCAAACGGAAUCAUCCCUCUCUUCAGCAUCACCUUCACCAUCAUCAUCACGUUCGCUGUGUGUUCCUUGUCAGACACAGACGCCGUACGCGCCAAACCCUGGCUCGGCAUGCUGGGCGUGGUGUCGGCCGGCCUUGCAAUCGUAUCGUCCAUGGGCCUAGUCCUCUUCUGUGGGGUGAAGUUCAUCAGUAUCGUGGCCUCCAUGCCAUUUCUGUGCCUUGGGAUUGGCAUCGACGACAUGUUCAUCAUGGUUGCUGCAUGGCGCAAGACCAACCCUCAUCAUUCCGUGGAGCGACGCAUGUCCGAGGCACUGGGGGAAGCUGCCGUGUCCAUAACAAUCACCAGCAUCACUGACGCGCUAGCAUUCGGCAUCGGUGCUAUAACUGUUUUUCCUUCUGUCCAGAUAUUUUGCAUAUUUACCGCUGUAGCUUUGAUUUUCGAUUACAUCUAUCAGAUCACCUUCUUUGCUGCCUGCAUGGUAAUUUUCGGUUACCGUGAAAAUAAAAAUCUCCAUUGGGCUACAUACCAGCGCGCUCCGACCAAGAAAGAUGCUGAGCACAGAUCUGGCUGUUUCAGGCUGUUUUGCGCGGGAGGGGUAACUGGUUCAGAGCUGGACCAGCGUGGGGAAGAUCAGGGGUCCGAAAGGGAUCACGUAUUCAUGCUUUUCUUUAAGAAGUACUUCGGACCAUUUUUAACGACAGUUUUUGUCAAAGUUGUCGUUAUCAUACUGUUCUUAGGGUACCUUGCGGUCUCUAUCUGGGGUUGUACACAGCUGCGCGAAGGACUGCGCCUUCAGUCGCUAGCAGACGACAAUUCUUACAUUGUCAAAUUCUAUGACUUAGAGGAUGAAUAUUUCAAGGCGUAUGGCCCACGGGUAAUGGUCACUUUGACAGAGGAGGUAGAUUAUUCUAAUCUCACUGUCCAACAGCAGAUUUCUGACACAUUACAGGAGUUUGAAAACAGCGAGUAUACGUAUGGUUCAAACGAUACGGAAUCAUGGCUGAAUGUUUACAAAACGUACCUUCAAGAACACCCGCUCCUCCCAGAAACUCCAGACACCGAAAGGUUCGUCACAAUUCUAAAAGACGACUUUCUGAUUACCGAUUGGUUCGAUCGCUAUAAACUUGACAUAGAGUUUAACGACAACAAAACUAAGAUAAUGUCAUCCCGUUUCUAUGUCCAGUCUAAAAAACCAACACGGCAAAUCGUGAAAGGGACAUGAUGUUGCAUAUGAGACGUCUGGCCAAAGAAGCUCCCUUUCAGAUGACAGUGUCCACCCCGCAUUCAUCUUUUACGACCAGUAUACAGCAGUUCUUCCAAAUACCUUACAAAAUAUCGGCAUAGCCACCCUAU